AUUACGGAAAACUAGAUAUUUUCCUGUUGUGACCCUCAAUCAUAUGACCACAGUGGCGUCUGGCGACCUUGACCCUGACAUAGCGCAACGGUCUGUUUUCCAAUAUGGCAGCAAGGAAUUCAGUUCGAGUGUUUCAGAACCUGAGGAAAGGGUUUUAUGCUCCCACCAGGCAGUUCUCUGGUAGAGCUAGCAAUGCCAGGUCCUCAACAGCCUCGCUCUCCGUGGUUGGUUCCCUGGUGGCAAGUGCAGCAGGCGGGUACGGGCUUUACACGCUGUGGAAACAGGGAACCAUAAAGGACCUAGCCAGGGAGGUGAUCCCACAUGUAAAUGCUGCUGGGAAGCCAACAGCUCAACCAAGUGUUUUCUCUCAAGGCAAGGACCACGCUGUAUACUUGUGGAUUGAGCUUACACCGAGUGCCAACGUAAAAGAAGUUGUUAAGGUUUGCAAGACCCUGCAGAAGCUGGUGGAUGAAGUGACCGACCCUACCAUGAAGGACGACAAUGAUGAGAUACUGGCUGGGGUUGGCUUUGGGCCAAACUUCUACAAACAGGCUGGAGGCAAUGUGAAGCAAAACUACGUGUACCAUCACCGACGGGGCAACCUGGGUGAGAUGCCUAGCUCACAUGGUGAUGUGUUUGUCCAUGCCAAAUGUAACACCCCUAGCAAAUUACUGGAACUGGCUCAGAAAUUCCUUGCUGCUUUGCCAAAAGAUUCCGUGAAGAACUUUGAGGACAUUUACAGCUUUGUGUACAGAAACGGCCGUGACUUGUCAGGGUUUAUUGAUGGUACCGAGAAUGCUGCAGAUGAAGACAGCAGGGCGAAGAUUGCAGUGGAGCCAGAGACUGGAGGCAGCUAUGUGAUUACACAGAAAUGGAUUCAUGAUAUGCACGUCAUUGCUAAUGAAAAAGACAAGGUGAAAGAGGGCUGGGUGGGUCGCAGCAUCACUGACAGCACGGAGCUGUCCCGCAAAUCCAUCACCUCCCACGUAGCCAGGAUGACCGGAGGCAACGGUUUCGAGCAGAAGAAGCCUUUUGAGAUUGUUCGCCAGUCCAUGCCCUUUGGCACGCUGAGUGGCGGUUGUGGCCUGUUUUUCAUUGGCUACUCGGCCUCGCCUGACAACCUGAACUUCAUGCUUGACAACAUGGUGGGGGCGGGCAAGGAUGGACCACACAGCGACGACGUGAUGCGACUGACCAAGAACGUCAAGGGCACCUUCUGGUACUUCCCAGGGGCUGAGGAACUCUCAAAGCUGCCUUAAGAUUUCUGGGAUCAGGCUCCCAAUAUUAAAAAAAUAUGCAAGUCUGUUUUAUGUUAAAAGAAUAACUGGCUUUAGUCACUUUUUUACUUUAUGCAUAUUAUCAUUAUAAGGUUGAUUGUGUUGUAUAAGACACUGUUGAUAUUGUUUCUAUCACAUGUUAUUUUCAUUUUAGAUUUAAAUAUUUUAAAAAUAACGUUUUUGCAUAGGCCUACUUAAUUGCUUUUUGAACAGGCAAAUUCAUUGAAUUGAUAUCACCUGCCAAACACAUUUUUCCUAUUGCAGUCUUUCCAGCGUUCCUAGUUUUUCCUAGGUAAUUACUUUUUCCUAGUUUUUACAAAAAGCUCCUAGUUCUCUUAGUUUUAUUUCAUUUAUGAGUCUUAAAAUUCUUAAAUGGGCAAAAUAUUUGUUUUGUUUUGUUAAUUUAAUGUCACCUCAGGAUAUGUAUACAUGUAUUAAAUCAUAGUCUUUUAAAUAUAUUGGGGUUUGCUGUAUGUAUGCAUUAAUGGUGUGUUGGGUUUGCUGUAUGUAUGCAUUAAUGGUGUGUUGGGUUUGCUGUAUGUAUGCAUUAAUGGUGUGUUGGGUUUGCUGUAUGUAUGCAUUAAUGGUGUGUUGGGUUUGCUGUAUGUAUGCAUUAAUGGUGUGUUGGGUUUGCUGUAUGUAUGCAUUAAUGGUUUGUUUUUCGUAGAUAUAUUUGCAGUUCAUAGACAGAAACUGUUUGGCUGACUAGUUCUGACCAAGUUUGCAGCAAAAAUACAUAAGAUGAGCCACCCACUGCUGGUUUUAAAAGGAUUGAUUGGAAACCAAGACACAGAAAUAGAUCAGCCCAAGAAAUUAGUCAGCCAAAGAGCUUCUGCAUUUGUUUGUAUAAUAGAAUGGUUAUGUUUGUUAAAAGGUAUGAUUUGUUACAAUAUUACCCCUACUUUUUCAUAAACCCUUCUAGUUUUGUCAUCGUUUUUUGUUCAGAACAAUCCUAGUUUUUUGUCAAGGCCUGCUGAAAAGCCUGCAAUGGAAUGUACAAAUCCCUUGAUAUACAGCAUAAUCAUACAAAACACCAAAGGGUGAUAACUCUUUAGACUUAAUUAAACAAGUGUAGCGUUAUGGUUCAUGUGCAAGGUACUUCUCCUCAUUUUUAUUUAUACACCAUGACGUUUCAUAUUGAUAUUUUUGUAGUUUCUGAGAUAUAGCUUUACAAAGUUUGUGACAGACGGACUGACAGACUGAUGGACGGACAACGCCAUAAUAACUAUAUCACUCCGCCUUUGGUAAGUGGUAAAAAGAGAGCUUUAGCUUAACAUGUUAAAAUAGGCUGGAGAAUAUCGGAGAAAUUGUAGCCUAGGGAAUAUGUAAUAGUCAUGAUUAACAGCCUUUGAUUGCUGUGAUAGUGAAGAACCGGUGAUCUAGCAUUGCAAGGAGUGAGAGUAUUGUUUGUUUGAUGGUGUUAAAUACAAAAUUAGCUGCUUUAUUAAUGUAUUUCUGUUUGAAUGUAAAGUAUUUAUGUAUUUGUUACGCAACAUGUGCGCCGUAGUGCCAUAAUAUUUUGAAAGAAAUGAUAAUAUAUAUAUAUAUGUUUCUAUUUUUAUGCUCCUGUGGGCUUCCUAUUCGAUUUUUUAACACUGCUUUACAGUUAGGAUUUGACUUGUUUGUGAUCAAAAUUUGUUGUGUAUAAUAAUUUGGUUUCUUUAUUUAGUUGAAAUGUGUAUGUAAUAGAUUGAAUUAUAUUAAUCCACAUAGUGCUUUUACUUUGCUGUUGUUUUGAUAGUUUUAUGCAUUUAUUAAACAGACAUAUUUACUUUGUGAAAGUUAAUAUAUAAUCUCUACUCUUAUUGGUACAUCAAAUGGUCUGAAUGCAUUACUAUGGUAUGUAAUAGGCGUAUUAAACAGUGCCUAUUGCUUACCAAAUGGCUUAGAGUCCAAUGUUUGUUUUUGCAGUUUGAAAGUCUAUUUGUGAUUAAUAAAAAAAUAAUAAUAUAAGGAAAAUGUAACUUAAAAUGUUUGUUGUUAAGUUUCAAAGAAACUUCUCAAAGAGCAUUCAAUCUUUUUGUAUUGUACUUGAGUGUUACAUGAUAGUUAUGGUUCAUCAAUUAUAGGAUUUCAAGAACAUGUAAGCUGUUCCAUAAAUACAUUUAUGAGUGAUUAUUGGUGAUGUAAGGAAAAGCCAAGUACAUCCCGUGAUAUUGUUUGUUGUACAUACCAUAUCAACAUUAAACAAAAAGCCACGAAA